AUGCCAUCAACUGCUUUAGAAUGGAAAUUGUUGGGCAAUCGUCAAUAUUCAAAUAAUGAAUUUUCAGCAGCCAUCAAAUCGUACAAUGAAGCGAUACAACUUCUUCAAACGACCGGAUAUGAACAAAAUCUCGACAAUUGUCCAUUGUAUUUAUUAUAUUCCAAUCGUUCAGCUGCUUAUAUCCAAGAAAAAAAUUUUUAUUCCGGUUUCGAAGAUGCUAAACAAUCAUUAUCAAUAAAAAAAGAUGGUAAUUUCAAAAGUUUUUAUCGUGCAGCAAUAUGUGCUUAUCAUCUUGGUUUUAUUCAACAAUCACAAAAUUUUAUUAAUGAAGCAACAAAAAAUUACAAUCAAAAUAGUUUUGAUUAUCAAGAUUUAAAAUUCUUAAUACAAAACAAAGUUUCAUGUAUGGAAAAAUGGCGAAAACCAAUGAUAACAAUAAAAAAAUCUAUUAAAAAUCUUCAACAUAUUAUUCAUGGUCAAGCAGCAAUGUCUGAGAUGCCAUCACUUCUCUAUCAUAUUCGGUAUUUAUUACGUGCAUAUUUUGAGAAUACAAAUGAUCAAAUAUUUAUGAAUAUGAAUACAGAUGAUCUCAGUUUGAGAUUACGAGAAUUAGCUGUUGAAUUCAAUAGUCGAUUCGAUGUUGAAAAAUUCAUUAUGGCUGAUCCAUUAUUUGAAGAUCUUAUUUUGAAUGAAUUGCCUGAUAUUGGGUCGUUACGUAUUGAAGUCGAGAAACAACGACAUAAACGAACCAACUGUGAGGAUGAUGAUGAUGAUCCAAAUUUUAAUUUUUCAUUUUUUACGAAUAAUCUCUUGGCAUCAUUGGUUGUUAAAUAUUCCGAUGAAAAUAUCUCAUUACGUGCAUUACAACAAAUUCAUCAUUUAACAACAAAUUCAAUGUAUCGUUAUGCACUAGGUGAUGCUUUGUCGGAUGCAUGUCAUUAUUAUAUUUAUCAUAAUAAUUCUGAUAAUAUUUUAUUAAUCGAACGUUUAGCAUGUAAUUCUGGUGUAGAAAUUUUAUUUUAUGAUUAUGCUGAAGCAGCAUGUCAAUUGUCGGUAUUACGUAUGAUUAAACAAAUAACAUGUGAACAAUGGAAAAAACAAUCAUUGGCAACAAUUCAAUUUGUUAUUAAACAGAUAAGCAAAAUAAUUCGUAGAAAAGGCGAAGAAUUAAUUGACGAGAGAAGACCAUCGGAAUUCUUUUUACAUUUAGAAAGUAUGAUGGUUCGACGUUAUCUUACUGAAUGUGAUAAUAAUAGUAAAGAUCAUUUUAAUGUUAUCGUUGAUGUUUUGGCAAAAAUUCAUUUUCUAUUCGGUCAACAGCCAUUUUUUGAACAGUCAUCGAAAGAUGCCAUGUUUUUAUUUGUGAAUAAAAUGUGGUUUAAUCAGUUGAAUAAUGAUGAAGGUGAAUAUGAAAUGGAAUUUUUAUUCAAUGGUUGGAAGUCAAUUAUCACACAAUGGUUAAAUCUUGAUUAUCGUGAUUGCAAAGUAUACUUCGAAGAAACAGAGAACAAUACGGUCGAUGAUGAUGAUGAUGAUGAUUAUUGA